CAGAAUGAGCAACGCUUGCUGCAGGACGUUAUUCGAGGAACUGCAGGGCCUGGACAUUUUCUUGGCAGAACUCUACAAACAUCUGGACAGCAGCAGUAAUGAGAGGCCGGACAUCAGCACUAUUCAGAGAAGAGUCAAGAAAGUGACCCACGACAUGGACAUGUGUUACGGCAUGAUGGGCAGUCUGUUCCGCAGCGGCUCCAGACAGACACUGUUCGCCUCCCAGGUGAUGCGUUACGCCGACCUGUACGCCGCCUCCUUCAUCAACCUGCUGUACUACCCCUUCAGCUACCUCUUCAGAGCCGCUCACGUGCUGGUGAGUGUCUGUGUGGAAAUGAAAAAAUACUUUUACAUUUCCUGGUUUAAAUCAAUUCUGUUCUCUCAUCACCUCCUCACAGAAAAUAAAUCUCCUCCGCGGCCGUUUGGACUCAACCACUCAGACUCCCUGAACAGAAGCGACCGUAUCGACGCCAUCACCCCGACGCUCGGCAGCAGCAACAACCAGCUCAACUCCUUCCUGCAGAUCUACGUACCCGACUACUCAGUCAGAGCGCGCACAGACCUGCAGUAUAUAAAGGUAACACGCCAGCAGUACCAGAACGCUGUAAUGGCGUCCCGGAUGGACAAAACGCCACAGUCAACAGACAGUGAGUUCACUAAGAUAGAGCUAACACUGACGGAGCUCCACGACGGAGUGGAGACACCCACCGUCGUUGUCACCAGCACCGCCAGCACCACCAGCACCACCAGCACCACCAGCACCACCCCUGCCGUGUCCGUAACCGUCGCCAAUGAGACGUCCCACCUGCUCAACCAACAGCAGCAGAACUGUGUGGGUCUCAACAGGAGUAACCACACCGCCCACAACGAGGGACCCAUCUAGCCCCCGCCGAGCCCGGUGGAGACCCAGACCCUCCACCCUGUCUCGUGGACACGCGCGGCAUUGUGGCGUAGGUGAUGAGGGAAAGUGGGGAAGUAGAGGCGGGUGGAGUGAGGGUUCUGCUCCAACCAGUAGCCCCCAGUCAGUCAGUGAGACCCUUUCAUGGAGGGACAAGUGGGGAGGACGGGUGCUGCGCCCCCUGAACGCCCCCUACCUGAACGCUGUCAGAAUCCCUGCUGUACUCACCCUCUCACAGGGGGUGCACUCAGAUAGUACCUGCGACUGAGCUUCUUUUUGGGACAAUCUGACACUUUCAUAGCGCUGACUAAAAGAUGACAGAGUGCAUGCGAACUCAGUUCCUAUGCCUGAAACACACAACAAAACGCAACACUCGCUGUAUUUUCUUCUCAGGCCAAAGACUUUGGUCCCCCCUUCUUACACUGGACACAGACUGUUUUGCUACACACACGUAUUCAAACAGUCACAAUCCCCAAACAAAGGCAACUCCCCCACCCGUGCAUCUUUCAGGGAGGCUCAGUCGACUGUUGAUUCCAUCAGCAAGGACUCAAACCCAAACAAGCAGAGAUUGGUCAAAGACUGAACCAAAAACCGCUUUGAAGGAAAACCGUUAAAAACCACGAACCAAGAAUGUUAUCCUGUAUUUAUUUAUUUUAUAAUAUUGUAUGUAUAUAUGUAUGCGUGGAGACAUGAUAUGACAUAAACUGGCAUAAGAGCAUGCACAAGCAUGUACACAAAGGUGUGCGCAGGGGCGCACGUGUCAUAUCAAAAAGGACAUGCUACAUAUAUGGAGACGAACAUCCAUUCAUGUAAAUGAGGAGGUGAGGGUCUUUUACAGAUACAGUAUGUAUAUUACAGAUCUUGUUAUUUUUACUAUUAUCCUAAAUCAGGCUUAUGGUACACUAUCUUUUUCACCUUUAAAAAAAUCACACUAUUGCCUUUAAGAGAAAUCAUAUAAUUAAUUAUUUUAACAAAGUGCAAUGAAAAGCAAUUUAUUUAAGAGAUGAUUAUGAAUUUUUUUAAAUCACUGUAUUAUAAAUUGACAGAUAUAUUUGUACUGUAUGUAUAUUUGUUUUUUUGAAAAAUGCUAAACUGCAGCCAUCCACAAGCAAAUUUGUCCUAGUCAGUCACUCUUUCUCCUCGUCUCUUUCAUGUUUCUGCAUCCUUUGACGUCACGUUCAUAUGGGAUUAAUGACGCCGACACUAUUCACCACAGUUUAAUGAAAUGGGGAGGGGGGGGGAAACGGAUAGGGUGUGAAAGUGCCAACACGGCACCUAUUUGUGGGAAGGUUGUGUCUUUUUUUUGCCAAUUUUACGCAUAAUCAAGCUUGAUAAUUGCACAGUAUUAAUGACCUCAUCUAACAUGUUGAGCAUCAUCAACGUCACAAAAAGUAACCUCGACAUUAAACAUGUCCAUGAAUGAUACAAA